CUUGGCUCCGGGGAACCGGCGGUGGUAAGGGGGCGAGGCGCCCGUGCACCCGCCUGGUGGGGCUGCAAGGAGCUGGUGGCGUGCGCCCCCCACCCCGCGCAAGACUUGCAUGCGUGCGCGUGUGAAUGCGCAGGAGAGGGGUUUUUUUCUUGGCAGAUGCAGCUUGCCGGUGCCGCAGGUCUCUGAGACCGAUUUGCAGGAGAAUCCGGGGCUCAGCACCUCCGGUUGAAAGGAGGAUCUCAAAGGGGUGUCAGUGCUCUGGAUGGGUCAGUAACGUUUAGGGGAAGGAUAGUGAGUUGGAGAGGUCCUGGGGAGUCCGGAUUCAAUCCUCCGUUUCUCUAGGUAGCGCUGGGAAUGCAUCCUGUCUGUAAUCCUGGAGAGCUGCUGCCAACCUGUGCUCAGCAUCACUGGACUCCUGGUCGGACUUGAUAAGAAGGCAGCUCCCUGAAUUCGUGCAUCAAGCAGAGAACUACUGAACUACCCUGUCCGCCUGCUACCUGCUUUUUAGGAUGCCUGCUUUUAAUUUUACGGGAAGGGUUGAGUUGGAAUGGGACCCCCGGGUCAUCUAGUCCAACCCACUGCAAUGCAGCAGACUUUGGAAUAGCAAACAGCAGGAGGGGAGAAAGUGAGUUGUGGGGAGGGGGGCUUCCCUUUAAGACAUUAUAAUCAUAGAGUUGUAGUGCUGGAAGGGACCCGAGGGUCAUCUAGUCCAACCCCCUGCAAUGCAGGAAUCUCCUGUCUGAAAGCCCAGAGAGCUGCUGCCAGUCCGUGUACGCAGCGCUGAGCUACAUAGACCAAUAGUGUGACUUGGUAUAGCACAGCUUCUAUCCUAUGUGCUUACACUGCUUUUAGUUUCUUGUGGGGUGUAAGCAGUCGUCUUCUUUUGCGAUCACUUGUAGCUGAGUAAGAUUGUCUUCCAUAAACACGGCUUUAGCAGUGAGUCCAUAAGUGACUGUGGAGGCCAAUUCUGGAUCCACACUUCCUUGUACAGGGGGGGACAUUGGUUUCCGGGCGGGAGCUGAUCACGGUGAGGGUUUGCCAAGCGUACCUUCCUCUUAGCACGUUUCUCCCUUUCAUCCUGAGUUCAAGCAUCUUCAAAGCCCAUGACAUUUUUGGUAAAGGCUGUUCUCCAACUGGAGCGCUCGCAGGCCAGUGUUUCCCAGUUGUCAGUGUUUAUACUACAUUUUUAAAGAUUUGCCUUGAGACAGUCUUUCAACCUCUUUUGUUUACCACCAGCAUUAUGCUUUCCAUUUUUAAGUUCGGAAUAGAGUAGUUGCUUUGGAAGAUGACCAUCAGGCAUCCGUACAACAUGACUGGUCCAGCGAAGUUGAUGUUGAAGAAUCAUUGCUUCAACACUGGGGAUCUUUGCUUCUUCCAGUACACUGAUAUUAGUUCACCUGUCUUCCCAAGUGAUGUGUAAAAAUUUUCAGAGACACCAUUGAUGGAAUCUUUUGAGGCUAUGUUCUUCUAGGAUUCCAUUAAUAUAUUGUUGUAGCUGUGUCAGCUGGGAAAGUACACUAAAUUGUUUGUUUGUUUGUUUGUUUGUUUGUUUGUUUGUUUAAAGCAUUUCCCCCUGCUCUGCAUCCAAAAGUUUUCCAGAGCAGCUUGUGGAUCAAAUUAGCAAACCAGCUGAACAGCCCCCACUGUCCGGCUAACACUCUAAAAGACAACACGAAAGGAAAAAGGGAUGGGGAGGGAAGAUGAGUUGUUGUUGUUUUGAGCAACCAAGAUGGCAAAGUUUGAAACUUCAUCUCUAUACUCUUACAUCCUUGUCUUUUUAAAUCUCUGUCUCUUUUUCAGGGGAAGCCCUCCUCCCCAGCUCUUCUUGUGAAACACUGCAUUUUGUCGAGAGAUCCCUGUUCUCCACCACCACAAAGAAAUGCCCCAGGCUUCCUGUGGGCCUGGCGCAUGCCUGAGCAGAUCCUUUUGGGGUGGCUUUUCCCGUUAAAUAGACAUUUACCCCCAAGGCUGCCAUGCUGAGCUGAAGAUCCAAAAUGGCAGCCGAGAAGGGAAGAACGCCAAGCGUUGAUCUCUACUUCCGAUCUCUGCUCCAGCGGGAGAUCCAGCCCAAGGAGCACUGGGAAGAGAGCAGCCGAACAGGCCACGAUCCCACAGGGGCAGUGGAGAGAUCAGGAAGAUCCUCUCACGAAGCCAAGGCUGGGAACGACCAGGAUUUCCUGAAAAGGGAGGCCCCGGAACUGGUCAUGGGCGAGUCAGGCGGGAAGCCAUGGAAACAUCUGGAAGACGUGAAAGGAACACGAUUCCCUUGCUUGGGAUGGGGAAACCCUCCCUUGCUGGGGUCUCUGCCUCGGGACGAUCCCAAAACUUUCCUGGCCACCUUUGAGGGAGUGGCGAGCGCUUGCCGGAGGUCUGGCAGGCUGUCGGGCCUUGGCAGAGAAGCUCCAAGGGACGCCACAAAGAUUGCCGCUGUCAAGACGGAGGAUUGUUGGAAAGCGACAGAGGAUCUCCUGGGAGAUGAUUCGGUCGCCAUGGAUGUGCAGCGGACGCUCUUUCGGGAGUUCCGCUACCAGGAGGCCGAAGGUCCCCGCGAGGCCUGUAGUCGCCUCUGGUACCUGUGCCACCGGUGGCUGAAGCCGGAGAAGCACUCCAAGGAGCAGAUCCUGGAGCUGGUGAUCCUGGAGCAGUUCCUGGCCAUCUUGCCCUCGGAGCUUCAGGGCUGGGUCAAAGAUGGCUGCCCUCAGACUUGUGACCAGGCGGUGGCCCUGGCCGAAGGCUUUUUACUGCGACGGCGGGAGGCGGCCAAAACAGAACGGGAGGUGAGAACGUUUAGGGUCGCUUCUCAAGGAUGUUUUAAGAGAGUUGUGAAGACCUCAUACGUUGGCCACAACGAGAGCCCUGAAGUUGGGCCAGGCUGAAAGGCCCCCAUCCACACUCCACAUUUGAAGCAAUAUUGUUCCACAGUCAUGACUUCCCCCAAAGGAUCCUGGGAGCUCUUGAAGUUGCCGAGAGUUUGUAGGUAUCCCUUGUUACCCUCACAGAGCUACAGUUCCCAGAUUGGUUGAGCAAUUAUUAUUAUUAUUAUUAUUAUUAUUAUUAUUAUUUCAUCAUCAUCAAACCUUUUAUUGGCAUCACAUACAAACAUACAAAUUAUUAUUAUUAUUAUUAUUAUUAUUAUUAUUAUUAUUAUACAAAACAAAUCAAUACAGAAUUACCACUUCCCCAGUGGCACAAAACAUUUGCUAAAAGAAAGGAGGCAUAGCAGUCUAUCGUCACAUCUCCUGGUCUCCAGGGAAAUCAGACGUCUGCAGUGUAUUUCGACGACAAAAAACCAAAUAGAAAUAUUUAGCCACUAACUUGGUGAGCUCCUGAUCAUUCCCCAGCAAUAAAAAAUGUAUGACCUACGACUCUGGUUUCCAUUUGGGGAUACAGAGUUGAUCUAGAAAUUGCUGGCGGAGAUCAGCAUAUAGUUUACAAUUGAGAACCAUAUGUGUGAGGGUUUCCACCAGGUGGUCUUCACAUGGGCAAGUUCUUUCUCCUUCCACCCUGUCUGAGAACCUUCCCCAAAGGAGGUUUGAUGGAUUUGAAUUAAACCUGGCCAGCGAAAAUGCCCUUCUUUCUUGAGGGUUAAGCAGAAAUUCAAGGUAAUUGUGGUUAGUUUGAAUUUAUAUAUCGCCCUAUACUCAGAGGUCUCAGGGCGGCUCACAGAAAAGAUCACAACAUAUAUAAUCAGAAUAAAAUAAAAAAACCAAUAACAACCCCCCCCCAAAGAGCAACAUUUUAAAGGGUAUAGGAUAUCAAACAGAUCAACCAAAGGCCUGGUUAAAAAGGACCGUUUUUGCCUGGCGCCUAAAGGUGUGUAAUGAAGGCGCCGGGCGAACUUCCCUGGGGAGAGCAUUUCACAGACGGGGAGCCACUGCAGAGAAGGCCCUGUUCUCGCGUUGCCACCUUCCGGACCUCUAGAGGAGGAGGCACACGAAGAAGGGCCUCAUUAGAUGAUCUCAGGGUCCAGGUAGGUUCAUAUGGAAAGAGGCGGUCCUUGAGGUAUUGCGGUCCUGAGCCGUUUUAAGGCUUUAUAGGUCAAAACUAGCACUUGGAAUUGGGCCCGGAAAAUAAUUGGUAGUCAUGACUUCCCCCUAAGGAUCCUGGGAGCUCCGGAGGUUGCUGAGAGUGUGUAGGCGACGCCUGUCAUGUUGGGGUUUUUAAGCUUCUCUUUUAGCAUGUCCCACAGCACUGCCUGGACUGCUAGUGGCGCGACCAACGCUCGGGCUGUCUCAAACACCUCAGGCCCACAGAGGCUGAGGAACAGGCCCCGCUCCCGCUCCUCUGACCCUUCCGUCAGCUCGUUGGCUUGGAGGUAGCAGUCGAACUGAGCGAGGUAGGAGUCCCAUGAUUCAGAGGCUGGGGCAAACGGCAGUAGAGGCACGAGUGAAGCCAUGGUUCCGAUGCAUAACUGUCAACUUUUCCCUUUUCUUGCAAGGAAUCCUAUUUGGAAUAAGGGACCUUCCCUUAAAAAAAGGAAAACGUUGACAGGUAUGUUCCAAUGCCGACGUGGUGGGUGAUGGAUGGAACACAGUGCUCUAGCCAGAACGGUCAGCUCUGAAUUGGGUUCUCUUCAGUGAUUCCACUCAGUGAGUGUCCUAAUCUGGCUGUGCUCUGAUGUCCAUCCUAUCCCACCUUUGUUGCCAGUAUUAAGUAGUGGGUGGACAUAUCAGACGACACAGAGAUUUCUGCAAGUUGCUCUUUAUAAGUAAGCUGGAAUUGAACUGAACAGCUCAGCCGGCCUGCUUUUAUAGGCAGCUGGCUGUCCACGUUGUAACAGCAACAGCCCAGGGUUUCCCGCCUAAAUUAACUGACGUGGACCUGAGUGAAAACUAUAUACGCAAUACCCCUGGUGGCCAGGGAUUCUUUUGGGGGAAGCUGUGUUUUAUUGAAAGCUGGAUGGUGAUACUUCAAACUUAGAGUCCUACUGGGGCUCACCCAGCACACUUCAUGGCCGGGCAGGGAUUUGAACCCUGGUCUCCCAGAUCAUAGUUCACCACCCCUGACCUCUACACUCACUGGGAAGCUUCCUUGGGGAGAGCAUUCCACAAGCAGGAUUGGCUAGAUAAUGGAGACCACCACUUUCUCCCUCUCCAAAUCCCUUUGUCCUCAAGAAGAUCCUUGCUGCUCUCGUUUCAGGGUCCGGCGCUGAUCCAGGAGGUGGGUUUGAACUUCCCUGCGGCUGAGUCGCCUCUGCCCGUCCUCGAGGAGAUGCCACUCUGCUCCACGGUCAAGCAGGAGGGCGGUACCGAUACCAGCUCCCCUAGACUGGGAGGUGGGUAUGUUUAGCCUGGAGAAGAGGAGGUUAAGGGGUGAUAUGAUAGCCAUGUUCAAAUAUAUAAAAGGAUGUCACAUGGAGGAGGGAGAAAGGUAGUUUUCUGCUGCUCCAGAGAAGCGGACACGGAGCAAUGGAUCCAAACUACAAGAAAGAAGAUUCCACCUAAACAUUAGGAAGAACUUCCUGACAGUAAGAGCUGUUCGACAGUGGAAUUUGCUGCCAAGGAGUGUGGUGGAGUCUCCUUCUUUGGAGGUCUUUAAGCAGAGGCUUGACAACCAUAUGUCAGGAGUGCUCUGAUGGUGUUUCCUGCUUGGCAGGGGGUUGGACUCGAUGGCCCUUGUGGUCUCUUCCAACUCUAUGAUUCUAUGAUUCUUUAUGGUCCCAUCUUCCUUAGGUGGCUUUUGUCUCCUGUGACUACUUCUACCCAGCGUAUGGGAUUCACAAUACAUGGGAACCUGAAGCUCGGGGCCAAAUAUGGCCCUCUAAGCCAGCCUUUCUCAACCUGUGGGUCCCUAGAUGUCGUUGAACUACAACUCCCAUCACCCCUAGCUAGCAAGGCCAGAGCUCAGGGAUGAUGGGAGUUGUAGUCCAACAACAUCUGGGGACCCACAGGUUGAGAACCACUGCGAGGGUGGCGCCACCUGCUGUUGGGCUCCCUGCAUUCCACCGUAUCAGCCGCAAUGGGCAGCAGCUGCCAUUGGAUUUGCUAGUGGUUAUUAUGGUCCCCAUAUGUUAGUUGUUUUAUUUUAUAUAUUUAAAAGCGUGUCUUAUAUGUUUAAGGGGAUGUCUUAGUUUAGAUGUUGAAGAGGGUUGUUGUUGUUAGUUUAGAUGUUGUUAACUGAAUUAAUAUUCCACGCUUCCUCUACAAAGGGCAGCAAACACAUAAUACGAUUUAGAAACACAAGCAUAGCACAGAAAUAUUUUAAAACAGAUCGAACCAUUCCAGAAACAAAUAACGAUUAAAAACACUGAAAAGCAGUUGCAGUUUAAAAUGUUCUAAAGUUAAUAAUUACAAUUAAAAACCUGCUCCUGUCCAAUGAUCUCCAGGUUGCCGGGAACAGUAUUCUGCAGCCGCCCAACGCCUGGGAAAAGAGAAGUGUAUUCAAAUUCCUCCUGGAAGUUAAUACUGAAGGAGACAGGCUCACCUCACUAGUGAGGGUGUUCCACAUCUGGGGAAUUUAAUCUAUUCAUUUGUAUUUAAUUGUUCUGUUCUGCUCUGAAAUGGGGAUUUUUAAAAAAAUUGUGGGGUGGCUUUUUUUUUUUUGUAUCUAUGAUGUAAACCGCUUAGAGAUUUCUUUGAAAUAAGGCGUGGCAUAUAAAUCACUUAAAUGUAGUGUUUUUUUUCUAAAAAAGAAAUGUUUAGGGGUACAGUGGUACCUCUGGUUGUGAACAGGAUCCGUUCCGGAGGCCCGUUCGCAACCUGAAAAGAACGCAACCCGCGUCUGCGCACAUGCGGGUCGCGAUUCGCCGUUUCCGCGCAUGCGCUGACGUCAUUUUACGCAUCUGCACAUGCGCAAGUGGCAAAACCCAGAAGUAACCCUUUUUGGUAUUUCCGGGUCCCCGCGGUACGCAACCUGAAAACGCACAACCUGAAGCUAACGUGACAUGAGGUAUGACUGUACUCUCAUUUUCCUACUCAUAUUAAAAUACUGCCCCUCAAUGGGGCCAAACUUAUUCACUUGAUUCACAAUAUGUUUUGGGGUAUGCAUACCCCUGCGUCCCCCCCCCCCCGAAAAAAGCGCUGCUUAAAUGAAUAAAUUCUCUGUAUUCCUGGCAGGUGAUGGGUGGAUCACCAAGGGCAAAGAGGAGAAGACACACCUCGAAAAUACCGAGCUGGUCAAACUCUGUGGAGCCUCGUGGGGAGGUCUCUCCUGGCCCCAAGAAGGGGGAGAAGCCUCUGCGAGCCGCAAGGGAUCAGAAAAAGGGCGGAAAAACUCCCUGGCGCCCAGAGGGGACGUGUUCCCCCCCUGUUUAGGAGAGAGCGGGGAACGGGGCCAAGCGGUCGUCGUCAAGAGGAGGCGCAGGAGUCGGGGGAAGAAGGUGUGUGGCAUGUGCGGGAGAAGCUUCAGCCGGACCACGGUGCUUGUCGCGCACCAGAGGACUCACACGGGCGAGAAGCCGUUCAUGUGCCAGGACUGCGGGAAGUGCUUCAGCUUGAAGUCCACCCUGGUGGCGCACGAGAGGACGCACACGGGCGAGAGGCCUUACAGCUGCUCGCAGUGCGGGAAGCGCUUCACCGUCAGCUCGGACCUCACGCGCCACUACCGCAUCCACGUGGGGGAGAAGCCCUUCAGCUGCCCUGAGUGCGGCAAGAGCUUCAGCCGCAAGACCCAGCUCCUCAACCACCAGAAGGUCCACACCAGGGAGAAGGCCUACAAGUGCUCGCGGUGCGGCGAGGCCUUCAGCCGCAGUUCCAGCCUCAUGAUCCACGAGGGCUCACACACGGGCAAGAAGCCCUUCAAGUGCCCCGACUGCGACAAGUCCUUCAACACGUCCUCGCAGCUGGUCAAGCACCACCGCGUCCACACCGGGGAGAGGCCCUACACCUGCUCCGAGUGCGGGAAGAGCUUCAGCCAGCGGCAGAUCCUCAUGGUCCACCAGAGGAUCCACACGGGUGAAAAGCCCUUCAAGUGCGCCACGUGCGGCAAGUGCUUCUGCGACCGGGCCGUCCUCAUCCGCCACCAGAAGGUCCACACGGGCGAGAGGCCCCACCAGUGCACCACGUGUGGCAAGAGCUUCUCUCACCGCGCCGUCCUCGUCCGGCACCAGAAGAUCCACACGAGAGAAGCUCUGAACACGCUCGGACUCCCGGAGGAGCCUCCGCCCAGCAAAGCCCUGUAAAGAGCCCAGACUCCGCCCCCUGUUGCCUUGAGUCUCAAGGUGGCUAUGGUUGCCCCCAUAGCAAUGUGGUUUGCCUGCAGUCUGCAGUGGCAUUUCCCUCCUGACUUUGGUUGCAUGGCGGCAAGGUUACCGGUAUUUAUUAGUUGAACUGCAGUGGUGCUGGAAAAUGGUAAACUGUAGCUGGAUGCUACAGGGGACCGGUUUUCUACAAAAACAAACAAACCAGAAAUCAUUUUCGGGGGGAGGGAAAUAAUUUGCCUGCUUUCAUCUAGGACAGAGGUUCUCAACCUGUGGGUCCCCAGAUGUUGUUGGACUACAACUCCCAUCAUCCCUUAGCUCUGGCCUUGCUAGCUAGGGGUGAUGGUGUCGGAAUCUCCGUUUGACCGAGCUGAUAAAGCUCAUCCUCCGAUGAUAAUUUGAUGAGGCCUUUGAUGAGGCCUCAGGCACAUUCAGCAGAGAAUCCAAAACAGCACGCGGAAGUGAUGAGAUUAAUGGCUACCUGCUAUGCUUUCUUUCUUACUACGCAGACAGCAAAGAAACACCCUCUCUCUAUGAAAGCAGAGAGCAACUGAACAACAAAGGAACAGGAAACCACUAACGUCACAUCCGUCUCCCAUGAGACUUCCAACAGCCUGGAAGGUCUCUGGAAUGUAAACAGAGUCCUGUGACUCCAAGCAGUCUGCACAGUGGCAAAACAGAAACUAACAGAUGGGAGUUGUAGUUCAACAUCUGGGGACCCACAGGUUGAGAAAGGCUGAUCUAGGAGAAGAUAAUCUGCAGUUACUUCUCGACUCCGACAACUGCUGGUGAAGUUGCUAGGAGAAACCCAACUGAUUUAUGGCCCCUCCAAACAUUGGGUUGUAGUCGGCCAACUCCUACUCUUGAGUAGAUCCACUGAAAUUAAUUAACUAGGUUAAUUAACUCCAGUGGCUCUACUCUGAGUAGGGCUCAAAGCCCAUGCUUGUCCUACUGAGGUUAAUGGACACAACUAUCUUAGGUUUGCUCAUUUCUAUGUGCCUAGAAUGUGGUUAAAUACAACCCUGGUGUUUCGUUGUGGGAGUAUACUGUAAAAUAUUCUUAUCACUGUGCAUCAGCAGGAAAUUACAGGAUACGCAUUGAUGGGAAAUAAAGCAGUAGUUCUGAGUGACCUUUGCAAACGCAAUCAGUAUUGAAAGCGGUAUUGUGUGGGGCUUCCCUGAUAGCACAAGGUUCACAAAUUAUCAUGAAUGUGCAAGACGGGUUCUCCGUGUUCAUGUUAUUAAGCUAUGCGUUACAGUGAAUUGAAGGAUAUACACAUAACCAUGUGCAGCACAUUUUGUUACGGUGGGCACCCAAAGAUUUAUUUUAAGGUGAACGUUUAUUGAAUACAGACUCAUACUCAGUCAUAAAGG